GCGCUGCGGGCCACGUUAGCCACCUUCGUCUUCAACUACCCCACUUCACCUGGAUGGACAGAGGAGGUCGGCCGUGAGUUGGGCACGACGCCAGCAACUUGGAAUGUACCGCUGCAGUUCUCUUCUGGCCUUCGGUUCGCUAAGCGCUUUGUCUUGACUCGGGGUGAGAAAGCGCCUCUUAUGAGGGCAAAGCCUUUGCAGAUUGAGCUCGCCGGCAUUGGAAUGCAGAACAGUGUAGUUCUCCGAGCAAAGACGCGCAAGGAGCUUCAUUCAGGUUGGGGCACCUUGGUUGCCUCCCCAGGCAAACAGUUGCGUUCCUGGGCUGAAGCUGUCAUCACUGGGAAGCCGCCUGCCAUCAGGGAUACUUGGGGCUGGGAGCUGCGCACUGCUGAGGCGCAAGGCUUGAUUCGUGUCGAUGCCGCCUCUGCAGAGGCCCUGCUUCGUGCCAGCGGUUCUGCGCACAAAGACUGCCGCUGGUUUCUCGAGCCUUUACGGUGGGAAGCCCCUCUGCCUGCCAACUUGCACGCUCCACCUGAAACCUCCUGGGUUGACGAGGCCUCCCUUGUCAAGGCAGCUGCCAAGGCGGAGCAGGAAGCCAUG